GUAUUUCACCUGCCGAGCUGGGGCGGGGUAGGACGGGGGUGCGGAGGUGCGGCAGCCGCCAGCCAGUCGGGAGCGCGCGAGGCGCCGGGCGACUGAGACCCCCGGGUGAGAGCCGCCUACCUGCAGUCGCCGCCCACGGCGGGGCAGCCACCAUGGCUUUUCUACUGCGCUUCGUGCUCCUGUGCGGUGUCGUGGAUUUCACCAACAGUUUGAGUAUCACUACUCCUGAACAGAUGAUUGAGAAGGCCAAAGGGGCGACUGCCUAUUUGCCAUGCAAAUUUAUGCUUGGUCCAGAAGACCAGGGCCCCCUGGACAUUGAAUGGCUGCUGUCACCAGCUGAUAAUCAGAAGGUGGAUCAAGUGAUUAUUUUAUAUUCUGGAGACAAAAUUUAUGACGACUACUAUCCAGAUCUGAAAGGACGAGUACAUUUUACAAGUACUGAUCUGAAAUCUGGCGAUGCCUCAAUAAAUGUAACAAAUUUACAGUUGUCAGAUAUUGGCACCUAUCAGUGCAAAGUGAAGAAAGCUCCUGGUGUUGGAAAUAAGAAGAUUCAGUUGACAGUUCUUGUUAAGCCUUCAGGUACAAGAUGUUACGUUGACGGAUCAGAAGAAAUUGGAAAUGACUUUAAACUGAAAUGUGAACCAAAAGAAGGUUCACUUCCUUUACGAUAUGAAUGGCAAAAAUUGUCCAACUCACAGAAACUGCCCACCUCAUGGUUAGCAGAAAUGACUUCACCUGUUAUAUCUGUAAAAAAUGCCACUACUGAAUACUCUGGGACAUAUAGCUGUACAGUCACAAACAGAGUGGGUUCUGAUCAGUGCCUACUACGCCUGGAUGUUGUGCCUCCUUCUAAUAGAGCUGGAACAAUCGCAGGAGCUAUUAUAGGAACUUUACUUGCUCUAGUACUCAUUGGUUUUAUCGUCUUCUGCUGUCAUAAAAAGCGCAGAGAAGAAAAAUAUGAAAAGGAAGUUCACCAUGAUAUCAGGGAAGAUGUGCCUCCUCCAAAGAGCCGUACAUCCACUGCCAGAAGCUACAUUGGCAGCAAUCACUCAUCCCUGGGAUCCCUGUCCCCUUCCAACAUGGAUGGAUAUUCCAAGACUCAGUACAACCAAGUACCAAGCGAAGACUUUGAACGCGCCCCCCAGAGUCCAACUGUCCCGCCUGCUAAGGUAGCUGCCCCAAACCUCAGUAGGAUGGGAGCGGUGCCUGUGAUGAUUCCGGCACAAAGCAAGGAUGGGUCUAUAGUAUAGAGUCGUCUGUCUGUGUUCUGCACACUUCUCUUAAAUAUGAAAACAUGUUCUGUUCUAAAUUUUGCUACCAGCCUCAAAAUAAUAUCAGAAAGAAGGUAACUAGAAACUGUACCAACUAUACUUCAAAAAGUAUCGUUUGGUUAUAUUGAAAUAGUAAAGGUAUUAAAGUUACUCAAGACAAAUUCACCAUCUGAAAAAGAUUUCCUUGAAGAGGUUGAUUUGAUAGGUUUGAGAGGUUUCUAAAUACCAACACUUAGUUGAGAUGUAGCACUUUGUAUAUGAAGUUACAGGUGAAGAAACUGGUGAACUUUCAUGCACACCAAGUUGAUACUUGAAUCAUCUGAAAGUAGUACCUUAAAAUUUCUGCCAUUAUUUUUAGGUUGCUUUUUCAAUUAAUUUAUGACCUAGCAGUCUCCCCCAAAUGGGUAAAGAAACAUUCAUGGAAAAAAUACUUACAUAUAUUAAUGUUUGUUCUUUUUAUAGUUUCUUUGAAAACUCUUAUGUUUUGGAAUCUCUAAUACAGAAAACACUACAUACAGUGUUCUGGAAAACUUUAGUUUUGCUUCUGAGUCAUUCAUAAACCUUGUCUGUGAAAUGAGUUCUUAACUGUUUAACUGAUAGACUGUUACAGGCAACAGGGACAUAUAAGUUCUUUUAUAUGCUAAAAAAAGGAGCAUCUCUCUUACUCACUUAGAAAACUUGCUGUCGGCUACAUAUAGUGAUAUCACCAGUGGGGCAGCCAUGAGUAUGGAUUUUGUUGCUGAGUGCUCUGACCCCGCACCUGUGGUAGUCUUCAGAACAGUGAGAAGCCACAUCGAGAACAUGGUAUUCUGCAGUUCUCAGCUAAACAGUGGCCCUCUACUUAAGGUGGUAUUUUUCUAAUAAGAAAAAUUAUAACUAAUUUAUUAUUUGAUUAAUUACAGUUGAAAUUCCCUAAUUACCAGUUCUAAAUUUUUUCCUUCUGGUUCAGUGGUUUUGUUUUUUGUUUUUUUUGGAUGGUGUUGCAUAUAUGUUCUGGAAACAUGUAAUCCUAAAGUUACCGUCCUGAGUGCGGGUUCCUGGAGGCUAUGUUCUUUACAGACUCUGCAUGAGGAAAUACAUUUUAAGCUAGUAAGUGUCCUCCAUCAGUUCUGUACCUCAGACCUGGGAGGAUGUGCCGUUGCUGUUGUAUGGCCAGCAUGUCUUUGUGUAGUUACAGAAAAAUCAAGCUGAGAUUUGAAGAGUUUGAGUAUUAGUUUUGUGAAAGUGAUUUAUUCUUUAAAAAAAAAAAA